AUGACAGCAGAUAUCAUUGACGGUGAAGGCUAUUCUGUUUCUUCUUCCAGUACACAGCAUGUUCCUGAGCUUGUGGAUAGUCGUAGUAGCAGCAGCGAUAUCAGCAUAAAAAAGAAAAAACAACAUCGACGACGCACCAUUGAGAUCGAUGGCGACGCUGAUUCCGAUAAGGACCUCGUCAUUUCGACCUUGACCGAAUCGUUGCAAAUGCACAAGGAGAUCAUGGAAGAGUUGCAGCGAGAAAAGGAUGCCUUUGUUGCAGACUUGAAACGAGAACGUGAGGAGGAAAAACAAGCAAAUCGUAAAGAGAAAGAAGAUGCCCUUGAGUCAAUGGAAGCUCAAUUGCAACGUUAUCGUCAACUUGAAGAAGCAUAUAGCCUUGUUGUGAAUGAGCUUGAAGCCAAAAAGAACGAGUAUCGAAGGAUGGAAACCAGCUUUUAUGAACAUGUCAAGAGCAUUCGACCCACGGAUGAUGAUUUAUCGACGAUCCAAUACGAGAUCAAUCACUUGGCCAAUCUCCUCAACAAUCUCUGCAUGAGUCUCAAGUCCAAAAUGGAUCGCACAGGUGGCACAACGUGUAUUCUUGAUCGAUGGAGUAAUCGAGAAGUUGAUAUACGACACCACUUUUUACAAUCGGAUGACGUCGAACGACUUGAACCUGGAGUGAUUACCAUGUUCACUGAAAAGAUGAUCAAUGAGAUAUUGAGAGCCGAGAUCUUUGAUCAACCCAUUCAUGCUGGUGUAUCCAUCAAUCAUACCUUCAAAGAGAUUUGCACUUGGAUCGAGGAACGUAAUACGGAUUGGGCCAACCGUCUUCGACAGCAGGUGAGUGCGCUGGUAGUACGACAUCCUGGAGCUGAAGAACAAGCACGUAUGGAGCAAUCCCUUGAUACAUUGGUGGAUUCGAUUCUUGAUCAUCUCACUCCCAUCUAUCCACGUAUACGUGACACGGCAAGUCAUCGCAAAAAGAUUGAAAACAUUGUCGCUCGUGCAGCAAGACUCAACCUUGCCAUGAAAGGUCAAGACAUCAACGUGUUUUGUGGAUCCAUUCAAGAAGAAAAAGAUACCCGAUUUGACAGCUCAAUCAUGAAACCUACGAGUCGAGGUGAUCAAGAUGGUCAUGUUCUCUUUGUCAUUUCCUUCCCCUUUAUUGCUGUUGAUCCCAAGGAUCCCGAUAAUGGAUUUGUCAUCCCUGCCAAGGUCUUCUGUGUAGCUGAUAAUGUAGCUGGUGAUGGUUAA